AGUUCACUCAUACAUCCUCUUUCCUUCUUUAACUCUGCUGUCUGCUGACUCCUUUAUAAAGUUCUUUCCUUCUUUCCCAUCCUCCCCCCUCCUCCCUCACUCUUUUACUCUUUUUACAGGUUAAUUAAAAAUUCUAUGCUUUUCAUCCUGUCUUAGUACUGACUUCUUUCCUCUCUGGGAUGUGUAGCAGCCUCUGUUUGGGCACUCGGGCCCUUCUCGCAUCGGCUUUGAGGGCCUGAGCAACGACGCAGCUGUGUCUUGCUGACCGUGGCUUGUGCCUCCCCUCUCGGAGUCAGGGGAGCGUCCUGCUGGGCCAGGGCCAGGGCCAGGGCCAGCGUCCAUCGCAGGGACCGCUGCAUUACGCACGCAAGAGGCUUUUCUCCUGUUGCGUGCCAAAGGGUGGGGGAUGCGGAGGCCUUUCCCAUUCCCCAGCGUGCCUGCUCCCAUGCCUCAAGCAGCUCUCCGUCUGUUCCUGUCCCGAAUUCGUAGGCGACGGCGUGCUUGCGCAGGCAUGGUUGGGGCCCAGCUUGUCCUUGGGGGGCAUUCCGCCCAGGAUGCAAGCUCCUGUCUGGGUUGGACCAGGCCGAUGAAUGGAUGGACGGCUAGAGAAAGCCGUGGCCGCUUCCCUGUGGUGUGAGGGUCGCCUGUGGUCUCCACGGUGGCAGGGCCAGGUUUACGCGGCAGGAGGAGACUUUGAGGUUGUGCGCUUGGGAGUAUUGACCGGUGCCCCAGGCAUCGUGGGGCCACCUUGUGUGUCUGUGGCAAUGGGACCCCUGCGUUGUUUACCCGAUGGCUGUCCCGCUUUACCUCGACGUCCACUCUCUGUUAUCGCACCCGGGCCCUUCCUUCAUGUUGGGUCCACACCCUCUCGAUUUGCGUGUGCGACCCCUCCUGGGGGUCUCUGCCGACACUCGCACUCCCUGGUUGGUGUCUGCUGAUUGUGCCCCGCGAACUGGCCUUCUGUGUGCGGGUGUCACCACUCAGCCCCCUCACUUUCCUGGCCCAGCUCCAGGGGCAGGGAAGCGAGCCUCAUGCAAGUCCCCUGGCUGUGCGUGCAGCCUGUUGAAUGGUCGUUACUGUGACACCGUAACGGACAGUUUGCAUAUUGCCUCUUUAUUAUGUAGAUGGCCUCUUUGACACUUGACAGAUGACAUUCCACUUUAAAAGUUUUGAAUUUGAGGGACCCAGCUAGAGGCAAGAUGGCAGGCUCAUGGUGAGCAGAUGUCAAGGGAUGAAAAUAGGUAUGCCUACAAGCAAAUUUUAAAAGCAUUUUCUCUUCAAAUCUUUUUCCAUACCACCUGAUAAGCAUCUUGAUUCACCAUGGCGGUAUCAGCAGUGAAAUGGGCAAUAUCAAACAGAACUAUUUUGGAACAUUUAUUUCCAAUCCAGAAUGGAGCUUUAUACUGUGUCUGUCAUAAAUCCUCAUACUCUCCUCUUCUAGAUGACUAUAAUUGCAAAGUAGAACUUGCUUUGACAUCUGGUGGCAGGACAAUAGUUUGCUACCAUCCUUCUGUGGAUAUUCUAUAUGAACACACCAAGCCUAUCCCUCAGCCAGAUCCUGUGUAUAAUUAUGAAGAAACACAGGAUCAAAUACAGAAAACCAGAUUAGAAGAAAAAGAUGAACACUUUGAGCAAGGACUCACGAUAGAACAACUUAGCAAAAUGUUCUUUACUACUAAGCACCAUUGGUAUCCUUAGGGACAGUAUACACGUCGUAGGAAACUGAAUCUUCCAAAAGACAUGAUAUUGAGGUUUUCAGUAAAACGCUGUCCUGUUCUCAUUUGCCAUUUGAGAAAAUGCAAUCAGGUAUAUUCACUACUAUGUAAUAUAGUAAAAUAAUAAUAAAAUGUCUUUAUCUAAAAAAAAAAAAGUUUUGAAUUUGAGAGGCACACCUCUGUCUCCUAGAAUCAUCAGGUUCACCCACUUGGCUUGGUUCCCUAUCCCCACUGGCCAUGCUGGCCUUUUUUAGUUCAUGGGUCUUGUUCUUUUCACCAGGUUAUCACACUAUUCUUAUUUUUAUUUUAUUGUUUUCAGAGAGGAAGGGAGAGGGAGAGAGAGAGAAAUAUCAAUGAUAAGAGAAUCAUUGUUCGGCUGCCUCCUACAUGCCCCACAGUGGGGCUCAAGCCCGUAACCCAGACAUGUGCCCUGAUCAGGAAUCAAACCGUGACCUCUUGGUUCAUAGGUGGACCCUCUACCACUGAGCCACACCACCUGGGCUGGUUAUCACACUCUUGAUCCUUCCAUUGUGUAGGCCCUGGAGGAGCAGCUUCUCUGCCUCUGGCCUUUGUCCACAGGGCUGGAUUUUUCCAUGGUUCAGUGAGGGUGGGGCAUCUUAGAGGUUAGGGCAAGCCUCCUGCAACAGUGACUCUGGUUAUUAGAUGCCAGUGUCACAGCUCCCUUUCCUGUGAACUUAGCAAACUGCCUCUGAAACAGGGAUGGACCACAAUAAGAGCGCUCAGUAAGAAUGCAUCCUGACUUUCAAGUAACCUCAGAGGUUUUGGGUGGAUAUGCCUUCCUUUAGUUUCUUCCUGUCAUGGCUGGGGCUUUUUCUACACUGAGCCCUUCAAGCUGCCUAGCCAGCAGCUGUGAGGGAAUUGAAUAUUUAAUCACCACAUGGCCCUUUCUAUAGCUAAGAGCUCACAGGAGCUCUGUUGGAUGGUCUUCUGGUCUCUUCUCACUGUAGCCUAGACCAGGUUUCUUGAAGACAUGUUUGUGGAAGUCCUAUGUGGCCUAAGGUUGAGCUAUGAGGAGCCAACUGCUUUUUGUUCUCUGGGCUUCAAUGCUUUCCUGUUUUAUAUAGCUAAUGCAUUGCCAGUGGGUCUCCAUUGUAAUCCUCUCUUCUUCUGUUUCUUUGGCUCAAAAAAUACUCUUCUGCUUUCCUAGGCCGACUCAAAGACCCUGCUUCGUUAGAUGUUUGGUAUUUUUCAGUCUUUAGUUCUUCAACUCUUCCAAGAAAGCUUAAGGAGCCCUAGCCAGUUUCACUCAGAGGUUAGAGCAUUAGCCCACAGACUGAAGGGUUCUGUCUUCCAUUCUGGGCAAGGAUAUGUACCUCAGUUACAGGCUCAAUCCCAAGAGCUGGUCAGGGCGGAGGUAACCAACUGAUGUGUCUCUCACAUUGAUGUUUCUGUCCCCCUUCCUUCCACUCUCUAAAAAUUAAUGGGAAAAAUAUCUUCAGGUGAGGAUUAACAUACACACAGAGAAAGCUUGAGGAGGAGCAUGUACCACUUUCCUGUUCACCAUUUCAGGUACCUCGGGGUUGAAUGUUAAAAACCCUGAGUCAAAGUCCCCACAACUUAUCUUUAUUCCCUGAUUCACAGAUUAGAUGUAAAAGUGUGGAAUAAAGACAAGGCAAGUCUGCUUUUUUGGCUGAGCCUCUGAAAUAUACAGUUCUACCCAACAAAUCAGUGCAAAUAAUGGUAGUAAAAAACCCAAAGCAACAUUCAUAUAUGGGUGCAAAUGUAUUACUUCCUACAUCUGUAUGUGCAUGUUUUUAAGACACCAAAAGAGAAAACUAUAGGCUUGAUCCUCUUUUAACCAUGUGGUUAAGUGACAGAUGUGGGCUUUAGAGUCAGGAUUGGGCUUGAAUCCAACUCUACCUGUCACUUUGGGGAAAAUUACUUCUCUAAGCUCAGUUUUCUUUCUUUUCUAUAAAAACUAGAGGCCUGAUGCACGAAAUUCAUGCAAGAGUAGGUCUUUCUUUCCCCUGGCUGCCGGCACCGGCUUCCCUCUGGCACCUGGGACCCAGCU